AUGGAAAACCUUAUGCAAGAAAACCCUCUACCACAGACAUCCAAGAACUUCUUAAUAUACUCACAUGGCGACGCCGUAUUCGCAAAAACCAGCGUCGGAAGCGCUAUUCAACUUCAUCUCGUCGCGGAAGAUUUGAAGAUCACAUCACGUCAGUCUAACAGCUCAUGUGAAAUAGAAGCAAGCGACCUCUCUGGCUGCUACAACUGUAUGGCUGGUGCUGAACUUACAUUGUCGUGCCGCAGCUCUCACGGACAAGUAACCGCCAACAUACUUUGUCCAACGCAAACACAAAUAGCACACUGUACGAAGACUGGGCACUUGAAUAAACUGAAAUUCCACUUCUCAAAUCCAACCGUGCUCACGGAAUGCAUCGUUUCCUGCCCCGGAGGAUCAACAGUCAUGAAAGUCAAAGGAUCGCUCCAGUUUGUGGACGAUGGAUUUCUCAAGAGUGACAUACAAGCAGACGCAACCGUCAAAGAAGUGGAAAGAGAUACGUCGUUUUUCGACAGAACCUACGAACUCCCGUAA